GGCUGCCAGAGGGAAGCGGCCACUUGCUCCGGCGCGGACCCGGCGGAGCCGAGCGGAGGGCGGACGCGGGUGGGGCCGGGCAGCGCGGAGCCCCGCGGGUGGGUGCGGCUAGCCGGAGGAGGGAGCGAGCGACUGUCCCGGCCUGCGCUAGGAGGAGGAGGACGAGGACGAGGAGCGGGAGAAGCGCCGGCGGGAGGCGGCAGCAUGGAGCCCCCCGGGGCCGCCCGCGCCCGCCCGCUGCCGCCGCUGCUGCUGUUGCUGCUCGGCGCCGUGUGCCUGCGCCCAGCCCGUGGAUUGUACACAGUAAAUGCAACUUAUGGAGAUACCAUUAUUAUGCCUUGUCGUCAAGAAGUACCAGAUGAUCUUAUGUUUGGAAAAUGGAAAUAUGAAAUGACCAAUGAAUCUCCAGUAUUUAUUGCCUUCAGAUCUUCAACAAAAAAAAGCGUGCAUUAUGAUGAUGUACCAGACUACAAAGGCAGGUUGAGUCUCUCAGAAAAUUACACUUUAUCCAUCAAGAAUGCAAGGAUCAGCGAUGAAAAGAGAUUUGUAUGUAUGCUAGUAACAGAGGACAACGUUUUUGAAGAGCCUACGAUAGUCAAAGUGUUCAAACGACCAUCUCAACCAGAAAUAUUGCAUCAAGCAAACGUCCUAGAAACAGAGAAGCUAAAAAUGCUUGGGGAAUGUGUUGCGAGAGACAGUUAUCCAGAAGGCAACAUUACAUGGUACAAAAAUGGAAAUGUUUUGCAUCAUGAUGCAGGAGCCGUGGUCAUACAUUUGGAAAAUACAGUGGACAGAUCAACUGGACUCUUCACUAUGACAUCGUCUCUUCAAUAUAAGCCAAAAAAGGCAGAUGAUAAGGCACAGUUUUCCUGUAGUGUGACAUACAAUGGACCAUCAGGAUCAGAAACAAUACAGUCUGAAUCACUAGUCUUUGAUGUUCAUUAUCCUACAGAGAAGGUGACAAUUCAAGUGCUGUCACAAAGCAGUACCAUUAAAGAAGGUGAUAACAUCACUCUCAAAUGCUCAGGAAAUGGUAACCCCCCUCCUCAGGAGUUCUUGUUUUACAUUCCAGGAGAAACAGAAGGCAUAAGGAGCUCAGAUACUUACAUAAUGACAGAUGUGAGGCGAAAUGCAACAGGAGAAUACAAGUGCUCUCUGACUGACAAAGACCUGACGGGUUCAACCACCAUCACCGUGCACUAUUUGGAUCUGCAGCUUAUUCCUAGUGGAGAAGUUACUAAGCAAGUAGGAGAGGCUCUGCCAGUAUCGUGUACUAUUUCUUCCAGUAGAAAUGCAACGGUGCUUUGGAUAAAGGACAAUACCAGAAUGCAGACAACUCCAUCAUUUUCAAGUCUACAGUAUCAAGAUGCUGGAAACUACAUCUGUGAAACUACAUUACAGGAGGUUGAAGGGUUAAAGAAAAGAAAAACACUCCUCCUUACUGUAGAAGGAAAACCUCAAGUCAAAAUGACAAAGAAAACGUAUCUAAAUAAAGCAUCUAAAACCAUCAUCUGCCAUGUGGAGGGUUUCCCCAAACCUGCCGUACAAUGGACAAUCGCCAGUACUGGAACUGUGAUAAAUCAAACAGAGGAGACCAAAUAUGUUAAUGGAAAAUUUUCCAGUAAAAUUGAAAUUGCUCCUGAAGAGAAUGUUACAGUAACUUGCAUUGCAGAAAACCAGUUAGAAAGAACUGUGACCUCUAUGAACGUGUCUGCUAUAACUUUUCCAGAAACCGAUGAGGCAGAGGAUAGAAAUGAUGACAAUACAGAAAAGGUUAAUGACCAGGCAAAGCUAAUAGUGGGAAUUGUUGUUGGUCUCCUGCUAGUUGCUCUGAUUGCUGGCAUUGUCUACUGGCUUUAUAUGAAGAAAUCAAAGACAGCGUCAAAACAUGUAGACAAAGACCUUGGAAAUAUAGAAGAGAAUAAAAAGCUAGAAGAAAACCAUCAUAAAUCUGAAGCUUAAAAGACAAAACAUGUCAGUCAUCAUUCCAGAGAAUACAUAUAGAACAAUUGAAGCAUGAACGUGGAUUGUAUUUAAAACAUAUACAAAGAAGUGACAGCUAUUCAUGGUUCAAGUAUUAAGCGGAUCAUUCUACCAAGUUUUCAAAGGAUUUUAGACACAAUUAUCUCAAGUUUAAAAGAAAAUCAAACUAAUUUUGGCAAUAGCCAUGAGAAUAGGUCACCAUGUUGUGUUCUGUUUGAAUAUUUUUUUUUUGUAAAUGUCUGCACUGAGGAUUUCUUUUUGUUUGCCUUUAUGUAAAUUUUUUACGUAGCUAUUUUUAUACACUGUAAGGCUUUGUUCUGGGAGUUGCUGUUAAUCUGAUGUAUAGUGUACUGUUUUUAUUUCAAUUGUUUUUAUGAUGCCCUUUGAGCAGGUACAUUUCUAAUUCUGAUUGUCAUCAGAAAAAAAUACCUUUGCUUUGUAUAGCAAGUAUCUAAAGCAUAAGAUUGUCUUAUGGGAAAAUGUCAAGCUCUUUUUCAUUUCUUGAAAUCACUGUAACAAGCAAGAGACAGCUAUGACGAAAGGUAACUAAAUCGUUUGUGAAAGUAAACAACAAAAGCCAACUGACCAGAAAGGGAAUAAACCGUUUCCAAAAAGAAAGCUGGGUAUUUAACAAGGAGCUUACUACAAAAUCCUUGUUAGCCUGUGUACAAAUGGCUGCUAAUAAUUCCUUUUCUUAGAGAGUGAAACACAUUUUAUUGAUGCUUUGGAAAAGUAUUGAUUGUUCUCAGUUUCAUGAUAGAUAGUGUAUGUGACUGGACUUCUGAAUUUGUUUUAAAUUCUUUUGGUUAUCCACUGCCUUAAAAGUACUGUAUCUUUUUUGCAUUUCAGAAAAGAUAUCAGUCAGAAUUGGAGACUUUUUAAAACAGUGGUCAUAUCAAAGCUACAUUUUUUUCCCCACAAAAAUAGAAUAUAUAUUUUUUGUGUGUUUUUGUUAACUACGCUACAAAUAUUGAAUGCACCUUGAGAUAAUUUUAGUGUUUUUAACUGGUACAUAAUUUAUCAAACAGUACAUAUAAUUGUAACAAUGAAAUGUCUAUGUAUCUUUAGUUACAUUCAAGUUUGUAACUUUAUAAACAUGUUUUAUGCUUGAGGAAAUUUUUAGAACGGUAGCAAAAAGGAAACAUUGAGGUAGAUGGCCACUAUUUAAGAUGAAAGUUACAAGUUUCUCUCUUAAGGAGAAGAUUAGUUUCUGGGAAAAUGUAAUAGACAGUUUUGAUAAGAAGGGGAAAAUAAGUAAGCAGAACAUCAGGUUUCCAUUUACAAAAGUGAUCCAGGGAAAAGCAAGUUUUUAUAGACUGGUAGGCAAAAAAUUUAAAAAAUGGAAAUUAGGAAAUGUAUUUUGCCACUUUUGCAUUAUUUAGGAAAAAAACACUGUUACUUGUAAAUUUGUAAAAUGUUAAGUGUCUGGGCAAAUAGUGACUGAUGUCUUAAUAAAAGCUUCCUGUAGUGCAUUGGCAUGGAUUAAAUACAUAAAAUGUCCUAUAAACUCAAUACUGUAUAAAAUUAGGGGGGAAACCCUGUUAUAUUGCCUCUAAACUUUGAAUUGUUAAUGUUUUAUUUGGCAAAAAGAAAAAAAUAAUCUUGGUCAACAUUUAAACCAAAGUAAAAUGGGGGGAAAAAACCAAAGUAAUCUGUUCUGCAUGGCUAAGCCAUUGUUAUCUCUGUAAAUAUUGUGAUUUUUUUUUUUUUUUAGAAUUUUGUUAAAAAAAUUCUAAAAUUUUUAAACACCUGUUUUCCAAAAUAAAACAUGAACACACAAAUUACUUUAUAUACAAAUAUAUCCUUUUCUUUUGGUGUGAAAACACUACCAAGUGAUUAUACAUUUGAAAAACAGUGUGAGACUCUUGCAAAAGAAAAAAAGUUGUAAUGGAAUAACCGUGGUUUUAAAUAUGAUAUAUAAAAGACUUGAUUUAACACUACAAACAGUUCUGAAAUACAGAACUGAAAUGUUUAAGGCUGAUAAGAAAAGAUAUAAAGGAGUUGAAUUAUUAACCACUAUGUUGAAAAAAAUGAAUGAAGAUAAUAACUAUUCUUCAACUUCUACAUCCACAGUUGUGAAAAAGGAAUACGAAUCUUACCUUUUGAGAUUCUGCUACAUACAACUCCUGUCCAGUUUAACUUUUCAGCAUUAGGAGCCCGAUUUUCACUGCUCAAAGUUGGACUUCAGGCACGUUUCAGAAACCAACAGUGCAAAAGAAUUACUGUUUCCAUCCAUGCCUAAAAGAUAAUAAAUUGAAGUAUGUCUUCACCUGCUUGUCUGACAUUUCAGUUUAAAGGAAUACUUAUGAAUGCAAAGAAGGACUUUUUCAAAACUCAUGUUGUUACAGGCCACGAUUUUGCAAAUGCCUAUGCAUGUAUGUAUUUUAAGUUUGCUCACAUGGGAAGUCUUUUUGAAGUUACAGGGAUUCCUCAUGGGUGUAGAGACCUACCCACACAUCAUAGAGUCAGGGAAAAAGUCAAAUAUUAUUAAGAAAUGAACAAACCCUCAAGUAUAGAAGUAUUGUUAUAUAAAACACAGCAUCUAGCAUUGUGCCAUCUGGACAUACUACAGUUAAGUUACACAGGUUAUGGACUAAAGCUAUGGCCCUAAAUAAGACCUACAGAAAUAUGUGCCAAAGUCUACACUGUUACAAAUUUGCUACUGUAGCCAAGUUCAUUUGAGCUCACUAGUUACUUCUUACAAAAAGUUUCUGCUUGCAAAGUGAAGAGACACAAAGAUACUAUUGCCUUCAUUUUAAACAUAGGGACAUGGGGAGACAAAGGGGUGGAUCCGCCCAAGGUCAAAUGGGAAAUGGAUGCCUGGAAGUAGAAUAAAUAUAGAUGUUUUGCAGUCUUAUCCACAAGACCAUCUCCUUCAGCAUUAACUGACUGAACAGUUGAUCCUGCUGAACUUUACUUCUAGCAAAAGAUAAGACAAACAUUUAUUUAGUUGCAGUCAGAGGUCUGUCUCAUGAAGGAAAAUAAGAGUUUCAAUUCAACUUUGGGAAACAAAAAUAACCAGGGGAUGAUGAGUCCCAAUUCUGCCCUUUUAUUUUUAAGGUUCUAAUUGAGGAUUUAGUAUUCCCAUCUGUGGCUUAACCUGUGCCCAGCUAUACUUCAGCCCAUGUGGGGGAGGGGUGUUAUAACCUGUAGGUACUGCUUGAGCUUUCCAAUCCAAUCUGAACUUUCUAGUCAUUUUAUUUCACCUGGUAUAACAGCAACUGAUACUGGCAUUUAUAUAAGGAAUAAAUUUUCAGCUGAAACAGCAGAGUCUCAGAUAACCAAUUCAUGCAUGUGUAGGAAAUAAAAAUCAAUAAAAUAACUAUCCCCAUCUGUUA